AUGGACAACGGACCAGGAAACAGACCAGGAAACAACACAGGCGACGUGUUCUACCUGACCGGCUUCAGCAACCUGGGGGUGCACCGGCGUCUGCUCUCCAUCCCUUUCUUCUUUCUCUUGGUGUACAUGAUGGGGGCCAAUGCUGUCGUCACUUAUGUCAUUGCCAAACAGAGAACUCUGUACAAACCCAUGUAUGUGCUCAUUGGCUCGCUCACACUUCUGAAUUUCUUUUUCCCCUUACUGUUUAUCCCAAGGAUGGUGGUUAGUUUUGCCUCUGGCCUCAAUGGCAUCACUGCUGUGGAGUGCCUCUUGCAAAUAUUUAUCAUCCACCUGUGUGGUAGUUUCCAGACCAGCAUUUUGCUUCAGAUGGCUGUGGAUAGGUUCUUCGCCAUUUGCUGGCCUUUGCGAUACCACGACAUAGUCAACCUGCGGAACUCUGUGCUGUUCACUGCUGCUCUUGCCCUGCGAAACACUGCCACGAUGAUCGCCAUGGUGUGCUUGUUUGUCCCGCUCACCUUUUGCCAGUCUAACGUCAUCUACCACUGUGCGUGCGUGGCGACUCUGGCGUGCGGCACCUCGGUGCGGAGUUACCUGGCGGGCAUUAUGGCUUUCACCAUCACCACCAGCGACUGCCUCAUCAUCGCGGCCACUUACGUGGUCAUUUUCAUCGUCAUAUUUUGGAGUUCGUCGGGCGAGUCCCGCCAGAAGGCCAUUCACACCUGCAGCACGCACCUGCUGGUGAUUGGGGUCUCGUACCUUAGUGUGGUGUGUGCCUUCAUUGGGUACAGAGUGAGUGCCAUCCCGCAGGAUAUCAGGGUGGCACUGACUCUCUCGUAUCUCUUCAUCCCGAGUUGUUUCAGCCCAGUCAUUUAUGGCAUCAGGACCAAUGAGAUUAAGGUUCAUGUGCUCAAAAUGUUUAAGGUCAAUGCAGCAGUGGAUAUUAAGAACACCUAA